AUGGCCGCGUACAGAGUUCGAUUUGAGAAGAUCAAUUCAAACGGUGCCGUCGAGUGCUUUUCGUGUUCACCUUCGACUUUUCAUAUAUAUACCGGUUCAACACUUAUUCAGAUUCAAAUUCUCAAAAUGGCUUACCGUUACGCUUGCGUCCUGUUGACCGUGGCUCUAUGUGCAGCCCCAGCGAUCGGUUUCUCGGCCGGUGCCCCUAACGGAGCCUGCGGUGAUAUGAUCCCGCAGCAUCACACCGACGCCCAGAAAUCGGCCGCUCCGUACCAGAUCAUCCUUUCGAAGAAGCAGUUGAAGGCUGGCGAAGGACUCACGAUCACUGUGCAAGGUAACAGCGCCAAGGACACGAUCAAGGGAUUGCUGUGCCAGACGCGUGUGGGUGAAACGCCGGUCGGUGCAUUCGAUGUGCCACCGAACAACAACUACAUCCAGACGCUGGACUGCGGCAAUUCGAAGGCGUCGGCCGUCACGCACAAGAAGAUUACCAACGCACCGAACGCCAUCACGUUCAACUGGGUCGCCCCCAAGGGCCUGAGCGAGGAGGCGCGCGUGUACUGCACGAUCGCCCUUAACGGUGGCGUCUUCUGGGUGAAGCACUCGUCCGAUUUCCUGAAGGUGAACUAAGGUGCGCCACUGCCAGCUCACGCGCCUGUCCCGGUGACUGGCCGGAGGGGAAGUAGCAACUAUCCUUCUUUUUUUUGUUUUCUCCCAACUGGACAAUUACAAUUAAACAUUUUUACCUCUCCGUAUUACCUGAAUGACAAUAAA